CGGCAGUUAUGAUUUAUGAAGUUGUCAAUUUUUUGUCGUCAAACAUCAAAGAAAGACGAAGGUAGUUAUUUGCGGUGAUUUGGUCUUUCGUCGUCUUGUCUUCACUGCUUCUUCACUCAGUCUGGCAGCUGAGAGAACCACCGACAAAUUGGUUACGACGAUGGAGAGCAGCAGAAAGGCGGGUCGGUCUUCUCGGGCCAAACAGAAGCACGAUUUGGCCUCCCUCCUCCGCAAAUCAUGGUACCAUCUCAGGCUCUCCGUCCGCCACCCAUCCAGAGUCCCCACCUGGGACGCCAUCCUCCUAACCGCCGCCAGCCCCGAGCAGGCCCAGCUCUACACCUGGCAGCUCCAACGGGCCAAGCGUAUGGGUCGGAUCGCCCCCUCCACCGUCACCCUUGCCGUACCCGACCCCGACGGCCACCGCAUCGGAUCCGGUGCUGCCACUCUCAAUGCCAUUCACGCCCUCGCCCUCCAUUACCGCAACCACUUCGUCCCCGAUCUCCACUCACAGGUCGCAAGCACAAAUGGCAGUGGUAGUGGUGCCGGUGACGGUGAUGGUGAUGACGUGGCAAUGGCUGAGUUGAUGGCCAAAAAGCACAUUCUGCUGCUCCAUGCGGGUGGGGAUUCUAAGAGGGUGCCAUGGGCUAACCCUAUGGGGAAGGUGUUCCUUCCGCUUCCCUAUUUGGCCGGUGAUGAUCCAGAUGGUCCUGUUCCUCUCCUCUUUGACCAUAUUCUUGCUAUUGCUUCUUGUGCCAGGCAAGCUUUUGGAAGUGAAGGUGGGAUGUUAACCAUGACCGGGGAUGUUCUUCCAUGUUUUGAUGCAUCGACCAUGACUCUGCCUCAGGACACUUCAUGCAUCAUCACUGUUCCAAUCACCCUUGAUGUUGCUUCAAAUCAUGGAGUGAUUGUUGCAGCUAAAACUAAAAAUAACACUCAAAACUAUGCAGUGAGUUUGGUAGAUAAUCUCCUGCAGAAACCUAGCGUAGAAGAGCUUGUUAAAAGCAAGGCAGUUCUAGCUGAUGGUAGAACGCUUCUUGAUACUGGAAUAAUAGCAGUUAGGGGUAAGGCGUGGUCAGAGCUUGUUACCCUUUCAUGUUCCUCUCAGCAAAUGAUUUCAGAACUCAUCAAGAUAAAAAAAGAGAUGAGUUUAUAUGAAGAUUUGGUUGCUGCCUGGGUACCUGCAAAGCAUGAGUGGUUGAGAAAGCGUCCACUGGGUGAAGAACUGGUCAAUAAAUUAGGCAAGCAGAAGAUGUUCAGCUAUUGUGACUAUGACUUGUUGUUUUUGCACUUUGGAACCUCAAAUGAAGUUCUAGAACACCUCAGCGGAGUUGGUUCAGAAUUAGUAGGGAGAAGACACCUGUGUUCUAUUCCAGCAACAACAGCUGCUGAUAUUACAGCAUCUGCUGUUAUUCUUUCUAGUAAAAUUGCACCAGGAGUCUCUAUUGGAGAAGAUUCUCUAAUAUAUGAUUCAUCUAUUUCGGGUGGAAUACAAAUUGGCUCCUUAUGUAUAGUUGUUGGAGUCAACAUUGCUCUUGAUGAUCAUCUUAGCACUGAGGAUUCAAUCAAAUUCAUGCUUCCAGAUCGCCAUUGUCUUUGGGAGGUUCCCUUGGUUGGGAGUGGAGAACGAGUUCUAGUAUUUUGUGGCCUUCAUGAUAACCCGAAAAGUUCACUUUCUAGAGAUGGCACAUUUUGUGGGAAACCUUGGAAGAAAGUUUUACAUGAUUUGGGUAUUCAAGAAAGUGAUUUAUGGGAGUCCUCAAGCACCGAUGAGAAGUGUUUAUGGAAUUCGAAAAUAUUUCCUAUACUUCCUUAUUCUCAGAUGCUUAACGUUGCACUCUGGUUGAUGGGCUUAGCUAAACCAAAAACUGAACAUAUGCUUUCUUCGUUAUGGAGAUCUUCCAGCCGCAUCAGCCUGGAGGAAUUGCAUAGAUCAAUUGAUUUCUCAACAAUGUGCAUAGGUUCUAGCAAUCACCAAGCUGAUCUUGCAGCAGGAAUUGCAAAAGCGUGCAUUAGCUAUGGAAUGCUGGGUCGCAAUUUGUCUCAAUUAUGUGAAGAAAUUCUUCAAAAUGAAGGUUCUGGAGUUGAAAUAUGCAUGGAUUUUCUGGGUAUGUGUCCAAAAGUUCAAGAGCAGAACUCCAAUAUACUUCCCAAAAGCCGGGCAUACCAGGUGCAAGUUGAUCUUCUUCGAGCUUGCAAUGAUGAAGUGACAGCAUGCAAGCUGGAGCCCAAAGUUUGGGCCGCUGUGGCUGAUGAAACCGCUUCAGCAGUAAGAUAUGGAUUUAAGGAGCAUUUAUCAGAGUCACCUGGUAGCCUCUCCUGUCUUGAGUACCAGAAUAACCACCAUGAUGGGCACACUCAUGAGCCUUUCCAUCGUAGAAUGGUAAAAGUAGAACUACCUGUACGCGUAGAUUUUGUUGGGGGUUGGAGUGAUACCCCUCCAUGGAGCAUCGAGCGUGCUGGAUGUGUUCUAAAUAUGGCAAUAAGCUUGGAAGGUUCUGCUCCAAUUGGCACUGUCAUAGAGACAACUGAAACAACCGGAGUAUUAAUUACUGAUGAUGUGAACAACAAGUUACAUAUUGAAGAUUAUAAAUCCAUUUCUGCUCCAUUUGAUGGAGAUGAUCCAUUUCGGUUGGUCAAAUCUGCCUUACUUGUGACUGGCAUUAUUCAUGACAACAUUCUUGUAGACAUGGGCAUGAAAAUCAAGACUUGGGCCAAUGUCCCCCGUGGUAGUGGGUUAGGUACUUCUAGUAUCUUAGCUGCUGCAGUGGUAAAAGCGCUUCUCCAGAUAAUUGAUGGCGAUGACAGCACUGAGAAUGUUGCUAGACUUGUUUUGGUGUUGGAACAACUCAUGGGCACUGGAGGUGGGUGGCAAGACCAAAUUGGGGGAUUAUACCCUGGGAUCAAAUGUACUUCAAGCUUUCCAGGAAUUCCAUUGCGGCUUCAAGUCAUUCCAUUGUUAGCUUCACCUCAGUUGGUUUCUAAGUUGCAGCAAAGGUUACUUGUUGUAUUUACUGGUCAAGUUCGACUUGCACAUAAGGUUUUGCAAAAAGUGGUGAUCAGAUAUCUUCGGAGGGAUAACCUUCUUGUAUCCAGUAUUAAGCGCCUUGUUGAACUGGCAAAGAUUGGGAGAGAAGCUUUGAUGAAUUGCGACAUUGAUGAACUUGGCGAGAUAAUGUUGGAAGCUUGGAGAUUGCAUCAAGAGCUUGAUCCUUACUGCAGCAACGAGUGUGUUGACAGGCUCUUUUCUUUUGCUAGUCCAUACUGCUCCGGGUACAAGCUGGUUGGAGCUGGCGGCGGCGGGUUUGCUCUCUUGCUUGCCAAGGAUGCAGAUCAAGCCAUGGAACUGAGACAAAGACUACAAGAUAACAAAGAUUUGAAUGCGAAAAUCUACAAUUGGCAGAUAUUUCUAUAGAAUUUAUGAUAGUGAAUAAUACAAAUCGUUGUUGGAAACUUGAGUUGUUAUUCUACAACCCAUUCAUUUGUACAUUGAGAUUUGAGGGUUCACGGAAUUGUGUAAUGUAAAACGCACAGAUGUAGAUAGUGUUAGCCGUAUAGCCAUAAGAAGACUUGAUGCAAGAUUCAGCCAAAUUUGUCAAAUUAUUUAAUGUUUUGUAAUCAUGCUUGUUAAUGAUCUCUUCUUGAUAAAUAGUUGAAUAAUCACACCUUAUU